AUAGGACUCCUGCUGGCCAGCUGCAGCCUGAGCCUCCCCCAUGCAUCUGCAUUAGCUCUAUAUCAGCUUCCCUCCGCUGCCUUACAUACCAGACCGGCUCACUGCUGCUGGGGCACUGGGACUCUAUAGAUCUGCUCAUCUUGUGGAGUGGCAGGGAAUAAUAUACUGGAAAUCACAUCCUAGGAGUCACAAUGCCUAAACUGAAAACCCUUUUUCUCCUGUUACAGAUACUACUGGUGUCACACUGGAGGUGCAAUGCACAAGCCAAUUACCAAGUCCUCGAUCUUCUCUCUGCCUCAGUCCAGAGGCAGGUCGCAAACUUCCUUCAGCAAGCUCUGAACAAUCCAUCCAUGAAUGAAGUAUAUUUACUGUCCACAUUCAAACUGCAACCUAAAUCCACAGCUACACUCUUUGGACUUUAUUCUUCAAAGGACAAUAGUAGGUUCUUUGAAUUCACAGUAAUGGGCCGUUUAAACAAAGCCUCUCUUCGAUACCUCAAGAGUGAUGGAAAGUUAAACUCAGUUAUCUUCAGCAACAUUGAGCUGGCUGAUGGAAAGCAGCAUACACUUCUCCUGCACCUCAGUGGUAUCCACCGUGGACCCAGCUCUGCUGAGCUAUACCUGGACUGCAUUCAGGUGGAUGCUAUCAAGGACUUACCUCGACCAUUGUCAGGAAUAAACCUGAACACGGGCUCAGUGCAGCUGAAAACUUUGCAGAAACGCUCACAGGAUACCUUGGAUGAACUAAAGCUGGUGAUGGGAGGUUCUCUGUCACAAAUAGCCUCAAUCCAAGAUUGUUUUAUGCAGCAGAGUGAACCCGGACAGUAUGCAGGUGAUGUCAGCAGGCAACUAAUAGGCCAAAUCUCACAGAUGAAUCAAAUGUUGGGUGAACUCAGAGAUGUCAUGAGGCAACAGGUUAAGGAGACCAUGUUUCUGAGGAACACUAUCGCUGAAUGCCAGGCCUGCGGUUUGGGUUCUAAUGAUCAAUAUCCAACACCCGCUCCACCGCCCCGCAAACCCACUCCACCGCCCCGCAAACCCACUCCUCCUCCAAAGCCUAAGUGUGACAUCACUUCCUGUUUCCGAGGAGUACAAUGUACAGAAACAGCCACUGGAUUUCAGUGCGGACCCUGUCCCCCCGGUUACACGGGGAAUGGCGUCAUUUGUACCGAUAUAGACGAGUGUCGGUUUAACCCUUGUUUCCCUGGCGUUCGAUGCAUAAACACUUCUCCUGGAUUUAAGUGUGAAGCCUGUCCUCCGGGAUAUACAGGAGCCAGUGUUCAAGGUGUUGGCAUUACAUAUGCGAAGGAAAACAAGCAGGUAUGCACAGAUAUCAAUGAAUGCAACAAUGGAAGAAAUGGAGGCUGCGUGGCUAAUUCUCUCUGCACAAACACCAUGGGCUCCUAUCGUUGUGGACCUUGCAAAGCUGGCUUUGUCGGUGACCAGAUUAAGGGUUGUAAUCCAGAAAGAAGCUGCCGGAUCAGUGGGUUGAACCCAUGUCAUUCCAGUGCUCAGUGUAUCGAGGAAAGAGGAGGUCAAAUUACCUGUGUUUGUACAGUUGGAUGGGCUGGGAACGGUUAUGUCUGUGGCAAAGAUACUGACAUUGACGGCUAUCCGGAUCAAGCUCUGCAAUGUACCGAUAAAUUCUGCAAAAAAGACAACUGUCUGUACGUUCCAAACUCAGGCCAAGAGGACAUUGAUAAGGACGGAAUGGGAGAUGCUUGCGAUGAAGAUGCUGAUGGAGAUGGCAUCCUAAAUGAGCAGGAUAACUGUGUGCUGGCCGUGAACAUCGACCAAAGAAACAGCGAUCAGGAUAUAUUUGGGGAUGCUUGUGACAACUGCCGCCUGACAUUAAACAAUGACCAAAGAGACACAGACAGUGAUGGCAAAGGAGAUGCUUGUGAUGAUGAUAUGGAUGGAGAUGGUAUCAAAAACUUCCUGGACAAUUGUCAGCGAGUCCCUAACGUGGACCAGAAAGACAAGGACGGUGAUGGUGUAGGUGAUGCCUGUGACAGCUGCCCGGACAUCAUCAAUCCAAACCAGUCAGACAUUGAUAAUGACCUGGUUGGCGAUUCCUGUGAUACUAAUCAAGACAGUGAUGGAGAUGGCCACCAGGACAGCACAGAUAACUGCCCCACGGUCAUCAACAGUUCUCAGUUAGACACAGACAAGGACGGAGUAGGAGAUGAGUGCGACGAUGAUGAUGAUAAUGAUGGAAUUCCUGACCUCCUUCCUCCAGGGCCAGAUAACUGCAGACUGGUUCCCAACCCUGGACAGGAGGAUGACAACAAUGAUGGAGUGGGAGACAUCUGUGAGUCGGACUUUGAUCAGGACACCAUCAUUGAUCGCAUCGAUGUUUGUCCUGAAAAUGCAGAGAUCACGUUGACCGAUUUCAGGGCCUAUCAGACUGUUGUUUUGGAUCCAGAAGGCGAUGCGCAAAUUGAUCCCAACUGGAUUGUUUUGAACCAGGGAAUGGAGAUUGUGCAGACUAUGAACAGUGACCCUGGGCUUGCUGUCGGUUACACAGCAUUUAAUGGAGUAGAUUUUGAAGGCACAUUUCAUGUGAACACGGUCACGGAUGAUGACUACGCCGGAUUUAUUUUUGGCUAUCAGGAUAGUUCAAGCUUCUACGUGGUUAUGUGGAAACAGACAGAGCAGACAUAUUGGCAGGCCACGCCAUUCAGAGCCGUAGCAGAGCCCGGUAUUCAACUGAAGGCAGUAAAAUCAAAAACUGGACCAGGAGAACAUCUAAGGAACUCUCUGUGGCACACGGGAGACACCAAUGACCAGGUGCGUCUGCUUUGGAAAGACCCCAGAAACGUUGGCUGGAAAGACAAGGUUUCAUACCGUUGGUUCCUACAGCACAGACCGCAAGUUGGUUAUAUCAGAGCCAGAUUCUACGAAGGGAGUGAAUUGGUGGCAGAUUCCGGCGUCACUGUGGAUACCACCAUGCGUGGAGGACGGCUCGGCGUUUUCUGCUUCUCCCAAGAAAACAUCAUUUGGUCCAACCUGAAAUAUCGCUGUAAUGAUACAAUCCCAGAGGAUUUCCAGGCUUUCCAAGCUCAGCAGUUUUCUUCUUAAGGCAACAGUUUGUUUUUUUAAAACUCGAUUUUGUUUGAUAAGAAAAAUAAUUCACUUAUUUUCAUCUGAUGUAACAAAGUUUGAUUUUUUUUAUACUUGCUGUACAUGAAUGUAUGUGAAUUAAAAUGGAUACAAUAA